UCGGGUUCCAUUUUUCCACUUUUUCUAUUUAUUUUCUUUAAGCCUAUUUCUGCCUAUUAUUUGUUGAAGUAGAGUAUUAUAGAUUUAAAAUUUUCUAGGACAGUUUAUUCCCAACAUUCUUGAAGUAGAUUAUUCCUACAUAUAAUAGGCUAGUACUUAGAGUUACCCCAAUGGCCAAUGCAAGUGACCCGGUUCCUCCUGAAAAAUUUAAUGGAAAUAACUUUAAGCGUUGGAGACAGAAGAUAGAAAUCUUCUUAACCACACUUGGGUUAUUUUCCAUAAUCUUUGACUCUCCUCCAAAUGAGGAAGAGAAUGAACCAGCUAGAACUUGUAAUUUGGAGGAAUUUAAGAAGAAAGACUACCUGUGUAGGGGAAGGAUUCUGUCCUAUCUUACUGAUUCCCUUUUUGAUGUCUACUGCACUUUUAAAACCUCCAAGGAGAUUUGGGAUGAUCUUAAUAAGAAAUAUGGUAUCCAAGAUGCCGGAAUGGACAAGUAUGCUGCUAGUCAAUUCCUGUCUUAUAAGAUGGUUGACACCAAGCCCGUAGUUGACCAAGCCCAUGAGUUAACAGUGAUUUGUCAUGAAUUAGGCUUAAGGGGAAUGGGUAUAACUGAGAGCCUUCAAGUUGCUUGUACCAUUGACAAACUUCCACCUUCUUGGAAAGACUUUGGAUUAUCCCUGAAACAUAAAAUCGAGGAUAUGACAAUGAAAACUCUAUUGUCUGCCAUUAGGAUCCAAGAACAACACCUUGAGAAAGAUAAUGAGCAACUCAUGAAUCCCGAGCUUCUAACCAAGGUGAACUUUGUAGAAGGCCAGAAUAAGACCCAUAAGUUCAAGAACUCCAAAUUUGAAAAGGGUGGACCUAGAAACAAAAGAAAACCUAUGAAGCCAAAACACCAUAUCAAUAAGAAUGAUCGGAAGCCGAUUUGCUACAAUUGUGGGAAACUCGGUCAUAUGGCUUGAGUAUGCCGGAUGAAGAGGAAGAAGUAUCAGAACUAUGAAUAUGCGCCUUCUCAACCCGUAAAUCCACAAACCAACAUGGUGCUAUCCAGUACUGGUCCUACUAGUACUGAUGAUCGGUCCGGAACGGCCUAACAGUAACUAUGGGGAACUCCACCUCGGCAUGAGUGCUUGGAAUUGGAAAAGUACUUCUAAGGCUUACGUCUGGAAAUGUGCUUACACUAUUUAAUGUGUACCAUGUGCCCGAUGGAAGGAGGAAUCUGAUCAGUGGAUCUCUUCUAAAUAGGAGUGGUUAUUCUUUGUUAUUUCAAUCUAAGAAAGUGAUUAUAACAAAGAAUGAAACAUUUGUAGGCAAAGGCUAUGAGUGUGAUGGCUUGUA